AAAAUAUAACGUAUUAUAGAGAAAAAGUCCUGUGUGUACAACAGCCAGAAAUAAAUCUGCAUGUUCAUAAAGACUUACUGGCCAUUGCGUUACCCAGAUGUGUAACAGUGGUGAUACGUACUGAACUGAGUCAGUGUUCCUGAGCACUGCAGCACAUCUUACACAGUGGUUUGAAGAGGAAGGAGGAGGGCACACAUAGCCAAAAAGCAGAAGGAACCGAGUGCAAUGGCAGCUGUAAAAGUGCAGACACCUUUACACGGACACUCCGAGGAGUUGCCACCAAGACACCUGCCUACAGGCUCCACUAUAGCCUGCAACCCAGAAGGGGGUGAGAAACCCUGUGCAGAAUGCAAAGAGGACAGGUGCACUUUGUGGUGUAAGGGUCUCCAAGUCAAGGCAAGCAUCUAAUAAAGAUUCCUGGCACUUUGCCCUCAAUUAAUGGUCUAUUGGUGCCCACAUGCUGCAACAUCACAAUGGUGUUACCAAUGCCCAAAAUGCACAGGCUACGAAAUUAUAUGGCUCUAGGCAGCAUCUUUGUGCUGCUAGGUCUAGGAUGGAAUAUACAAUAUGUACUUUUUACUUCUGGUUCUCAACAAGCCAUGACUACCUCACAGGACGUUUACACCACAGUACUUAUUUGGCACUGGCCUUUCCACCAUCCUCUGAACAUCUCAGGAGACGUUUGCUUAGACCUCUAUAACAUCAAGAACUGCAGAUUGACAGAUAAUAGGGACAAGCUGAACCUUAGUCAUGUGGUGGUCUUUCACCAUAGGGAAUUAAAUAACAAAGGCCAUUAUAUGCCCACUGACCCAAGGAACCAUGCACAAAUGUGGGUUUGGGCAAAUCUAGAGUCUCCAUCCCACACCAAAAACCUUGGCAAAUGGAACAACGUGUUCAACUGGACCUUGACUUACAGAGAGGAUUCAGACAUCUUCAUGCCUUAUGGGCAGUUGGUUCCAAAACUACACAUGCAAUUUAAUACCUCUACUAAAACGAGCCUGUUGACCUGGGCUGUUAGUAAUUAUCACCAAACUCAAAAACGGGUGCAAUUCUUCAAGGAGUUUUCAAAAUACCUCAACGUGGAUGUGUAUGGAAAAGCCAGUAAAAAGCCACUGGGUUCAUCAUGCCUUCUUCCCACCAUAUCCCAUUACUACUUCUACCUCGCCUUGGAGAAUUCAGUCCAUAAAGACUACAUCACCGAGAAACUUUGGAAAAACUCCUUCCUAGCUGGAUCCGUCCCUGUAGUGCUGGGCCCACCACGAGAAAACUAUGAGAAAUUCAUACCUGCAGACUCUUUUAUUCAUGUCUCUGACUUCCCAUUAGCCAAAGAUCUAGCAGAUUUUUUAAAGUCCAUGAACAUAGAGCGUUACGAACGAUACUUUCGCUGGCGGCAGGAGUAUGGUGUAAAGAUAUACAAUGAUUGGAGAGAGAGAUUUUGUAUGAUCUGUUCCAGAUAUCCUCAUCUGUCCAAGGAUAAAGUCUAUUCUAAUUUAGAAAGCUGGUUUAUAGGCAAUAGUUAAGGGAGGCUGGUCCACUUUGAAGUUUGUCCAGCUCACCAACAGAAAAAGUUAUGUCAAAGAAAAGGUACUGUUCAUAACAACCCACCUCCUUUAGAUAAUUUAAGCCUGGAUCUGAUUGGUUGCUACAGUGGUACUAAAGUCUAAAUGUGUCUAACAUUAAAGUAAACCUAUAGGCAAAACAUCCCCCCCCCCCCCCAUUUUGGAUAGAAUAAGGGAGACUUAUAACCCGUCAGAUUUUUUUUCGUCAUCUUGUGAGAUUUUCCUUAGCUUGCUGUCCCAUAGCCAAAUAGGAAGUGAGAGGAAAUCCCUGCAAAUUAAC